UGAGUGUUUGCUAGUGAAGUGAUGAUUUACUCCUGAGGGUGUCUGGCUGUGCACCUGCUGUAGCUGAGUGUGAGUGGGGGGCUGGAGGAGCACCCUGGCACAGCUGGGCACAGCUGGGCUCUGCUGCUCCAUCGCUUUCAGCAAUGCAAGGCUGUGAUGUCUGUUUGAGUUGCAAGAUUCCUGUGUGCUGAGCUGAUCCAAGAUGAAGGAGGUGAAGGAGGGCCUCAGACCGGCACCAUGACAGAGUGCUUCGACUGUGACAACUGCAAGGAGUCCUUGUACGGGCGCAAGUACAUCCAGAUGGACAAUGGCCCGUACUGCAUCCCCUGCUACGACGCGCACUUCGCCAACACCUGCGACGAGUGCAAGGAGCUCAUCGGCCACGACUGCAGGGAGCUGUACUAUGAGGACCGCCAUUACCAUGAGCACUGCUUCCGUUGCUUCCGCUGCGACCGCUCUCUGGCUGAUGAGCCAUUCACCUGCCAGGGCAAGGAGCUGCUGUGCAACGACUGCUACUGCAGCGAGUUCUCCUCCAAAUGUAUUGCUUGUGAGAAGACCGUCAUGCCAGGCUCCCGUAAGCUGGAGUACAACGGACAGACCUGGCACGAGCAUUGCUUCAUAUGCAGCAGCUGCCAGCAGCCCAUUGGGUCACGGUCCUUCAUCCCAGACAAGAAGGAUUAUUACUGUGUCCCCUGUUACGAGAGCAAGUUUGCUCCUCGCUGCACUCGAUGCAAAAAGACCCUCACCAAGGGAGGAGUGACCUACCGGGAUGAGCCCUGGCACAAGGAGUGCUUUGUCUGCACGGGCUGCAAGACCCCCUUGGCUGGGCAGCAGUUCACCUCCCAGGAUGACAACCCAUACUGCAUCAAGUGCUUUGGGAACCUCUAUGCCAAGAAGUGCAGUGCAUGCACAAAGCCCAUCACAGGCUUUGGUGGUGGCAAAUACGUCUCCUUUGAGGACCGUCACUGGCACCACAACUGCUUCAACUGCGCCCGCUGCAGCACCUCGCUGGUGGGGAAAGGCUUCAUCCCUGACAACGAUGAGAUCCUGUGCCGUGACUGCAGCAGCGACCUAUGAACCCCUGAGGACACCACAGGCCAGGGGCUUCCUCCACUCUUCAGGGCCUUUGUGCCAGAUUCCCCAGCAGCAUUGCAGGGGCAGAGCACAAGGCACAGGAGAUGGGGGCUGAUCUCGAACUGUGGUGUCUUUCAGGGGUUCCUGUGCCCCCUCCCUGAAGGCUAGAGUAUGCUGUGCUAUGGCUCUGUGCAGUCAAAGCUAAAUAAAGCUGAAAAAGGAGCUUCAAGACCCCCCAUUAUUUACUCUUUCUUUUCGCUUCCAGUCUAACCAGGCACGAGCCCAGGCCCCAGCUGAGCAAAGGGCAGGAGUGGCUUCAGCACUGGGCUGCUAGAUCUGCACGCUGGCAAGCAUGUAUUCACCCCUUGGCACAGUGCUGACUUUUCUUCUUUCUCCAUGUGCUUCCCUCGCUCUCAGUGACACAAGGCAGUGUCUCAGGGCCAUGCUUGGCCAUGCAGCUUGGCCUGUGUCACAGCUGGCUUUGCACAGCCUUCCUGUAUGCACAGCUGGCCAGGCAUAAAGGGCACUGUCUUCUGUUCUGGAGGUUUGGGGACACCAGGCUGGAGUGUGGCCAGGAGAAGAGCAUACAUCCUUGUCAGAUGGGAUCCACCUCUGGAAUUCUGUAGUACCUCAUUCUUUGCAGGCCAGACCCUUUGCUCAGCACCUCCAUGGAGGUGCUCUCUUAGCUGUGAAUGAGGAGCUCAAGUCACUUGUAGGUAUGGAGCAUUCUGCCCACCCAGAGCUACCCUAUUCCCAUCCACCUGUGCUGUGACCUCCCAUGGCUGGGGUGGCUGAGCUGGAGCUGGGAGUGCUGGCCUGCUGAUGCUCAGAUGCAUCUGGCUGAGCCCUAGAGAAGGGCAUGCUGAAGGCUGACAGCGCUCAGGGCUUUAUUCCUCCAUCCCUUUCAUGAGGAUCCAUGGGACAGGCACUGCUAUACAAAGCCCAGCUUCAGCAGCACUGGGAACACCAGAGACCUCCAUUAAUUCAGGAAAGGGAGCAUUGCCCAGAGAUUGUCCCUGUGAUUAGUAGCUGCUGGGAGGGUCUGCAAGAGCACAGGGCUCCAGCUCAGAGAGCAGCUGAGGGGGCAGCAGGAUGUCCACCACCUGCUCCUCCAGGGCUGCCUGUGUCCCCAGUGGCAGGCAGGGAGUGGUGGCUCCUUCCAGCCACACUCAUCUUUCCCUGUGUCCCAAACAAGAAGCAAAGCAAAAAUGGCACCUGUUGAGGGGGACUUUGCAUUGGCCAGGGCCCAGUUGGCCCUACCUGCAAAACAGGGUGUCCUGAGCCAUCCCAGACUCACAUGAGGCCUUGAGCGAUCCUUACCCAAUGGCUGAGCUGGCCCUGGGCUAAGGCCCCUCUCAGUGGGAUGCUCAUACCUGCCUUGUCUCUACAUCCUUCUGCUUCUGUCUCGCUGGGGCACUUUCGCCAACCCUGCUUUCCUGCUUAGUCAGCCACCUGCUUUUCUGAAAACCUGUUCUUGUGGGUUUUUUCCCUUUUGUACUCAUUCAUCAUAAUAUCCAUCAUUUUGUACACAACUACAGGAUGAAGGGGCAAGCCCCCCACCCGGGCUUCACUUAGGAACAGAAAAUGUUAUGCAUGUUGAAGUGUUAUUGCUCUGUGUUCAGAUCGUUGUUGAAUCCUUGUUUGGAAGCUUUGAUGACAGCAAAUCAGAGUUUGUGUGUUUGCUAUUAUGAGAGGAGCUUGGAGCCAUCUCCAGAAGGAAUUGCCCUAAACCUCAGCGUCCUCUGUAUUUCCUACAGCUUUAUACAAUAAACUGUUUUC